AGGCUGCGCGCUCGCUCCCGCUCUCCCCGCUCAGAAGCCAAGUUUUGUGCACAGGGAUGCGGGCGCGGAGGAGCAGCCUGGAAACAUGGCUCACUCCUGGAUUUACUCGCCGCUCCGGCUCCAUCUACUCCUUCUUCUUCACUCAGUGAUAUUCUGUCAGGCGUUGAGGAAUUACCCGGAUAAUGAAGUUACACUGCUGGAUUCCAUGUCAGCACCAGGAGAUCUGGGCUGGGAGGCCUACCCAGCAGAAGGGUGGGAGGAGAUCAGCGUUAUGGACGAGAGGAACACGCCCAUGCGGACGUAUCAGGUGUGCAGUGUGAUGGAGGCCAACCAGAACAAUUGGCUGCGUACUGGUCUGAUCCAGCGCGAGGGCGCUCAGCGUGUCUAUGUUGAAAUCAAGUUCACACUGCGGGACUGUAACAGCCUGCCGGGAGUGCCUGGAACCUGCAAGGAGACAUUUAACGUCUACUACCACGAAUCCAACAGUGCCACACCCCCGCCUUUGAGGCAUAUCCGUGAGAGCCAGUACGUCAAGAUCGACACUAUAGCGGCUGAUGAGAGCUUCACGCAGACGGAUGUUGGCGAUCGUGUGAUGAAGCUCAAUACCGAGGUGCGGGACAUAAGUGGCCUAAACAAGCGAGGCAUCUACCUAGCCUUUCAGGACCUUGGUGCCUGCAUUGCACUGGUGUCCGUGCGGGUCUUUUACAAGCGCUGCCCACUGGCUGUGCUCAACCUUGCCCGCUUUGGUGACACAGUUACCGGUGGCGACUCUGCACUGGUGGAGGUGCGAGGGUCCUGUGUAGAAGAUGCCGAGGAGCUGGAGGCUCCCCGCAUGUUCUGCAGUGCUGAUGGAGGCUGGCUGGUGCCCAUUGGACGCUGCGUCUGCAAGCCGGGCUUCGAAGAGGUGGAUGGACUCUGCCAGCCCUGUCGUUCCGGCUUCUACAAGGCCUCUGCCAUGGAUGCCUACUGUGUAAAAUGCCCCCCUCACAGCUACUCCCAUCAGGACAAGGCCUCCGAGUGCGUGUGUGAGAGGGGCUUCUACAGAGCCGAGACCGACCCUCGCUCCAUGGCCUGCACCAGACCACCAUCUGCACCAGGCAACCCCAUCUCCACAGUAAACGAGACAGCGGUGACCUUGGAGUGGAGUCCUCCCCGGGACAGUGGUGGGAGGGGUGACGUCACCUAUAGUGUCCACUGCAGGAAGUGCUCAGGCGAGGUGGCCCCAGGAGCCAGCGGGGCAGGAGAGAGGUGUGUACCCUGCGGGAGCGGCCCCCACUUCAACCCCCGGCAGUUCGGCCUGGCUCAUCCCAGAGUGCUGGUGACGGAGCUGCAGCCUCGCACCAACUACACCUUCAGCAUCGAGGCCCUGAACGGAGUCUCUGACCUCAGCCCCAGCCCACGUCACCUAGUGUCUGUCAACGUCACCACCAGCCAGACAGUGAGUGUGAUAGUAAAGGAGAGGAAAGGCCGGGACAGCAUCACGUUGGCCUGGCAGGCUCCGGAGCCUUCCGACGGGACCGUGGUGGAGUACGAAGUCACCUAUUACGAAAAGAACCAGAGGGAUCAGAACUACACAGUGCUGAAGACCAAAUCCAACAGCAUGACAGUUGAAGGGCUGAAGCCAGGCACUACCUAUGUGUUCCGGGUCAGAGCUCGCACUGACGGGGGCUACGGCAACUACGGAGGAGAGAUCGAGCUGGAGACAAGCCAUGAAGACAUGUUGGCAGUGGGAGACCCAAACCAGCAGACCAUCUUGGCUGUGUCCAUAGCAGGAGGAGUGGUAUUGCUCAUUCUUCUGGUAGCCUGCUUUGUGGUCAGUGGCAGGCAUUGUGGCUACAUCAAAGCGAAGCAGGACCCUGAGGAGGAGAAGAUGCAGUUCCAGCAUGGAAGAGUCCAGCUUCCUGGCAGCAGGACGUACAUCCAUCCUCACACGUACGAGGACCCCAACCAGGCAGUGAGGGAUUUCGCCAAGGAAAUCGAAGUCUCCAACAUCCGCAUAGAGAGAGUGAUUGGCGCUGGUGAAUUUGGGGAGGUGUGCAGCGGGCGCUUGCGUCUACCCAGUAAGAGAGAGAUCCAUGUGGCCAUUAAGAGUCUGAAAGCAGGAUACACAGAGCAGCAGCGGCGGGAUUUUCUCAGUGAGGCCAGCAUUAUGGGCCAGUUUGACCACCCCAACAUCAUCAGACUGGAGGGAGUUGUGACCAGAUGUAAGCCUGUGAUGAUAAUAACAGAGUACAUGGAAAAUGGAUCGUUGGACACAUUCUUGAAGAAACACGACGGGCAGUUCACGGUGAUUCAGCUGGUAGGGAUGCUGCGAGGCAUCGCAGCUGGGAUGCAGUAUCUCUCAGAGAUGAACUACGUACACAGAGACCUGGCAGCAAGAAACAUACUGGUGAACAGCAACCUGGUGUGUAAAGUCUCGGACUUUGGCCUGUCCCGCGUGUUGGAGGACGACCCAGAGGCAGCGUACACCACCAGGGGAGGUAAAAUCCCUAUCCGGUGGACCGCCCCCGAGGCCAUCGCCUACAGGAAAUUCACCUCUGCCAGUGACGUGUGGAGUUAUGGCAUCGUUAUGUGGGAGGUGAUAUCUUACGGGGAGCGGCCAUAUUGGGAGAUGUCCAAUCAAGACGUGAUAAAAGCUAUAGAUGAAGGCUACAGGCUUCCGGCGCCAAUGGACUGCCCCGUUGUGCUGCACCAGCUGAUGUUGGACUGCUGGGAAAAGAACCGCAGCGACAGGCCGAAGUUUGGCCAGAUCGUCAGCAGCCUAGACCGGCUCAUCCGCAACCCAGGCUGCCUCAAGCAGCUGGCCAACAGUGCAAUCUGGGAAGACCCAGUGACCCCAGAUCCAGCAGUCAGCACCGUGGAAGACUGGCUAGAUUCCAUUAAGAUGAGCCAGUACAAAGAGCACUUCUCCAAUGCCGGCUACGUCACGCUGGACUCGGUCAUGUAUGUCAGCGUCAGUGAGCUGGGGAAGAUGGGCGUGGCAUUAACAGGCCAUCAGAAGAAGAUCCUCUCCAGCAUACAGAGCCUACAGACUCAGCAGGGGACGCAUGUGCAGGUAUAACCCCCAGCCAGACAGGUCAGAUUGCCCACCACCUCCAGAAGCCCAUCCCCUCUUCCAGCACUGAAGAAAAGCCAGCCUCCCCCCGGGAUCCACUGCCAGGGGCCAGCCAAGACACCCAAUCACUCGACCCAGCGGUGAUCCAGUACUGAGGCACAAAUACUUCACGCAACCGUGUGGAAGCAACUCAGUGUGGAGGAGGCUUCAUGCAGAUGUGAGGAGAUGCACCACUGAACCUACCGGGCACUGGGAACUAGGAACUGGGAACCCUCACUGCAUUCUCCUACUCAGCAUAGACAGACAAGGUGGAAGGAAGGAUGAGCACGCAUUUCAUAGUAGUGGUGUGGUGACCCGUUGACUCAACACUGUUAGUUUUGGCGUAGGUGGUUUGUUUGUGUAAGGACCACAAGUGGAUGGACGACUGAUGGGACUUCAGCUUCACGGUCAAUUGUGAACUUGUAUUCAUGGUAGUAAUUUAGUAUUCUUCAGCUGGUGACAGACUCACCCAGACUCACUCUAAAAAAUUGAAGCACUACCCACACCACACACAUGCAGAAACGUACAGACGGCCACUGUAUGUCUGCUUUCAGUAUGGAAAUGACCUUUCUCUUACCCUGUGUGCCAUUCAGGCAUGCUUUUUUGUCGUGUAUGUGUGUGGGUGUGUGUGUGGCCCAGGAUGUGUUGUGUUUGGUUUCAGAGCUAGACAUGGACUAGCCUGCAGCCUUCCUCUUCUCCCAGCAGAGUUUGCCUGCUUCACAGAUGGGGAACAACCACAAUGACCAGUGAGGACAUGAGUUCAAAUGUAGUGACCUUCACAUUGGCCAUGCUUUUAUGUGCCCCUUUUUUGCUACAAUAUACUGACAUACUGAUCCCUGAGGCCAGCUUUUCUCACUAUUUUCUGGAAUAUCCAUAUCAACAGGAGCUACCGUGUGCCCCCCAUAUUGCUCUUUUGCAUCUUUGAGACUUUGAGUGUGAUGACCAUGUGCAGUACUUAAGCGGCCGAAGCACCUGCCAAUAAGGAUUAAAGAACAUUUCCCCCACAUUGGCUUUUGGAUGUGCCGGAGCCGCACUAUGUAGAAUGUAUCAGUGUUUUGAGCCUAGUGUAGCACUACGCAGGUUACUUUCAAAGUGGUUGGUACCAGUUCAUCCGUUCGGUGUAACCUCAUGAUGGUGGGUAGGCUUGAUCUUUGUGGGAAAACAUGGAUUCUAUAAGUGUAGAAGUCUGUUAUAAUAUCCUGGAUGACCAAGGUGGACGUUCUUUGUUUCUUGCUCCUUUUUUUUUUUUUUUUUCGCCUCGCCCUUAAGCCACAGCAGGUCUUGUAGAAAUCAUGUAACACUUCGGUCAUUGUUUGAAGACCACGGACAUUUAAAAACUAGAUUUUUGUUUCAUAUUUUUCCAAGCUAUCGUGUACAUAUUCAUGUGUAGAGUUUAUUAAGUUUAUCAAAGAUAGUAUGUAAGAGAUUUUGGCACUUCAAAGCAAAUGCAUUCCAAGUUUUCCAGCUAAGAACAGAACAGAAUUACAGAGGACAGUAAAAAAAAACACUCAAAAAUAUCAAACAUCUCAUAUUUUACAUGUAUGAAAGAGAAAAGACUGGGGAAAGAUUGUACUUUGGUAUAAAUUGUACAGAGUUGGUCAGUGGGUGUUUGUACUCUUGUGGUUUUUGAGAUUUUGUUAGUUGUACAUUAGGGCUGCACGAUGUUUCAUAUUUUAUUGCAGUCUUCGUAUCAGUUGAGCUGUGACAGGAUGAAUUCAGAUGUUGCUCAAAAUGCAACCGAUCAAAUAAACCAAACAAUACUCAGCUUUAUCAGUUUCCACUGAUUUCAAAUUAUGAACAGUUAUGGUGAAUUAUUCACAAAAAUAUUUUCAUUCAUAUCAUGUUGGCAUGCACUGCUGAACAGGGGAAAUGAACAAAAAUGCGUGGUGGUCUGCAGAAACUCAUCAGAUGUUGCUUAUGUGCAUUUUUGGUAAAAGCAGGUAAGAAGAUAAGAAGGAUUGCACUGUAACAAAAUAGAAGCUUUAUUCAAAUAUUUAGGUAGCAGCCAACAUUUGGAAAUAUCUCAUGGAUGCAACUGAUGUAUCUUUUCAGGCUCUCGGUUACUCACAGUUCUCUGUGCAUUUACAACCUAAAGGGGAAAAAACACCUGGACAUCAUGUGAUGUCCUUACACAGCCAUUCCACUUGUGUGACCAAUAGGCUAUUAAGGCCCUGUCCACACAAAUCCAGAUAUUUUUUUAAUACAUGAGGUUUUUGUCUCUGUUUUGACCUUCUGUUCACAUGAAAACUGCAUUUUUGUUUACUAAAAAUGAGCUUUUUGAAAAUACCUUCCAAGGUGGAGAUUUUUAAAAACUGUCAAUUGGAAAAACUAAGCUUUCUCACUGCGAUUUUCUUAUUUUAAUGUAACUCUCACGUAACCUAAAACAGCGGAGGCACCAAAAUUCACUGCGUGCAGUACAAACCUUACCAUGAACGGAGAUUCUGAACCAGGCAUGGAAGAACAACCAUAUAUAGUUUUAAAAAAUAUCCAGAUUCGUGUGGGCGGCCCUAAGAAGAAGUCUUCCGAAGAAAGUCCUAUUAAGGACUUUUGGUUUCUGCAGGCCACCAUUCAAAUAUUAACAUCUGUUAGCUGAUUAAUUGAAUAAAGUGGCAUAUAAUAGCAUAUACUUUCCAGGUUUUAUAUACAGUAGAACCAUAUAGAACUCAAAUAACUAUAUACAUAUUAGCUUCAAUGCUUAAUAUUUAAAGGGAUCUUUGGGUUGGUAAAAAAUGUUUGGCAGGUGGUAUUCCUAUAUUGCACCAGAAGGUUCCUACAAUUAUUGCUAGUCAAAGAACCUGGUAGAGUCAACCGUUAAUAACUACCUUUAAGAGGCUUGGUUAAAUGCAAGCUGAGUGAGUGCUGCUAGGCCAAGCGCCAAUAAAACAACCAGUGCUGUUAUCACCCAUCAUCUGUCCAUAUCGUGUAGCCCUUGUGUACACUGAGGCAAAGCAGCCAGAUCGCUUGUUGAGACUUUGAUGCUAGCUUUGGACAGAAGAGGAUUGUGAAGUGAUGGAAUGUAAAGGAUGUAUUAGCUUUAUGACGGGUCUGGAAAGCUAAACUCUUUCUCAGGAUGUGUUUAAUUUUUUUUCUCCCAUUUCAAUAAGACAGCAAUGACAACCAAGCGGAUCAUCCGGACAGCUCUUCCUCUUUCUCAUAGUCGUGACCGCUCUGUUGGUCAGCACAAUGCUCUUACAUCCAGAAGUUUUUUUUUAUUAAUAUUAUUUUAUUAUUUCCCAUUUACACUAAGCACCUUGUGGUUAGUUUUUUUCUCCUUUAUUUUUUUCUUUUUGUGUUCAGUAAUAUGCUAAAAAUUAAAGCAGUAUUAAUGACCACACUGCCAGUAAGAUAAAUAUAAAAACAAGAAUAAUGCUUGUUGAGGAAAAAAGCAGCCUGCAAAUGAAUUUCCUGCUCACCUGGUCCUCUAUGAUACCCUGGGAAAAUAUUAAUUUGCUGUCGAGAUAGCAGUAAUUGAACGCCAGACAUUAAUAUUUAUUUAUUCAUGUUCUUAAGUGAGGCAGAAAAAAGCCUGUUUGCUUCAGUAAUGUGUUUGUUUGUUUGUUUUUCUCCCCAAAAUAUUUAUUGAAUAAAGAGUUGCCAUCUGAAUACCUGGCACGUCUGUGCCCGUCGCCUGCUAAUAUAAUGUGAGCUUUCCUUAAUUGCCAAAUUACUGGAGCAUAUGUGCCUAUUCAGACUCAUCAUUUCUCAAGCAGAAACAGCAACAGGGAAUAAUUCAAUAGGGAGAUGCAAAAAGCAUUUUUGCUCAGCGUUCGGUCGCCCCAAAAGACGCAGAGGAAAGCCACCAAGAGUCGAUUUCAAGUCGCUGCAAAUACCAGUUAAGGAAACUGUUUAUUCAGUCAGUAAAGUCAUUUUAAAGAGGUAGCAGGCUAUCAUCAACAUGUAAACACUGUAUAACUCUAACCUAACUACUCUGUACUUCAUGAAGUGUUUUUGACAUGUUUAAUUAUUGCUUAACAAGUUUUCCUGAGUCCUAGGAAUGAAGUGAUAAGCACAGCCAGUUUUACAGUGUUUUCAUAGCCAUCUUCUGCUCCGUCCAUAAAGGCAUUCUUUACUAAUGUUGCAAAGUUUGACAAGCUUUACUGAAUGUUAUCAAAAAAUCUUCCCUUUUUGCAUUGUUAGAGUAGAUUUAUUGAAACUGAAGACUAGCAAAAGAAAAACGUUUUAUUUAAGCAUUUUUAUUUAGACACUUUCAGAUAGCACGCUGUACCCUGAACCCAUUGGGUAUAAUUGUUUCCCCAGCACCGGAGCAGUGUUCUGCUGCCACGGAGCAGUGUGGAAAGUGUUGCGAUCCACACCCAAAACCACGCCUCAGCUGCACUAACGCUUUCCACGGUUCAAGUUUAACUUCACCUUUGACUGUGAAAGCGUGACAUGAACUCAUGCGACCAAAAAAAAAAUUUAGUCUAAUUGUAGUUUCAUGCACCCACACCCUCCUCUUCUUUCUCGCUGCCAUCCUAUUCCUUCUUUAAACAAGGAACGUAAAACUUAAAUGUCUCUACCUUCAUGCAAGUACAAUUUUGACUCCCUUACACUUUUAAUGGGUUAAUAGUUAGACACAAAACACAAGACUUAAGUACAGUUUCUGUGUACUUUUCUGACCCAUGUUCAUUUUAUAUGUUUUAUUUGGACUUUGUUUCUUUUACAUGGUUAAAUGAAGUACUGUAAAUUCACUACAGUGUGACCGAUUCACACGGGAAAAGAAAUCUUGUUAAUUAUGAAUGAGAUGGGAGUGGCUACUUGAUUUAUGCACUUUUAGGUUGACAAUUUUCAGCUAAACAUGAAAAACAUCCUAAACAUGUGUGUACGCUAUAGGCUACACUGCACAAUGAUUUAUGAGAUGUGAGCUGUGAAAAGUGCUGUAUGAGGUUUACCACAAACUUGAACAAAUCUAAGCUUAUACCUCUGGUAAUAAUCACAUUCAAAACUGACCAAUCCAAAUAGGACCUAAUUGAGUUAACAAUAACAUGCUACAGUGAGCUUUAGUUUAUCUUUAGAUUGAAUAAUUUCAAUUUCUAACAUUGUGUAAAGCUUCUCUGAUCAUACAUCAGUAGUUAAGGAAUUAUGUAUUUGUGGGCGGAGCAGACACAUCUCUUACAGUUUUCAGCAUUCUCAAACACUGCUACUCGUUAUCAAUGCCACAUAACAAGCUGAUUCAAUAGGUAGACUCUCAUUUGUCAGUGAAGCAUCAGUGCACUGCACUUCCUGUGAAAGCUAUAUUCAUUGUUUGUCAGAUUCUCCAGCAGAGCAAAUUAAUCUCUCUCACACUGAAGAUUCAUAUUCAAAGGUCUGAUUAUCCGUCUGUAUCAUUUCAGAGUAUGUUUAUCUGUUCUACAACAUCAGGCCAUCAGUGCGGUGGCUCAAGAAUACACUAUGUACAGUUUAUACCAUACAAAUAAUGUGAACUGUUGGACACACUGUCAGCUAGACUGCUCUCCAUCUUUUAGCCUUCAACUGUGAAAAGGUCUUUUUUUAUUCUUUGUUUUUUUAUUCACAUGCAAAUCGUUGCCAGUGAUUGAUCUGUGUAUGACUGCAUAAGUGCUGAAUCAAUGGUUUGCACAAGCCAGGGCCUCAGUUAGGAUCAUCUGUAUCUAUAUUAUUUCUCUUCCAUUUGCUUGAGUUUUUGUACAUUGUGGUCAUUUGUUUACCUGUCAUUUUUUUCCAGUCAUGGAAAGGAAGAGUCAUUAAAUUUGCUAAUGUCGCUGGCAGUGAAUAAAAGAGUGUAGGCUCUAAUUAGCAUUGUGCAAAGCUAGCAUUGUGCAUCAUGCUAAUUUCUGGAUACUAGCUUCUAUUCAUUGCUUGCACUGUUAGCAUGUUCGCUUGAGAUGUUUCCUAAAGCUCUUGUUGAACUGUUGAACAUUUUGUCCAAUAAAUACGUUGAUAUUUUUAAUGAA